AAGGGGUGGGGUGCGGUGUAGCCACGUGACUAAAGAGCGCAGCAGACCCGAGGCGUGGCGUUAAAUGCUGCAGUCAGUCCGCGCAGGACAGAACAAAAAGUAAUUGAUCUUUCUAAACCAGUAUUGUUCAACAUCAACACCAGCGCUGGUAACAAUAUUAUCGAUACUAGGAUCGACCCUCUACCUUUCUGGGACCUCUUCGCUCCGACAGGAAUCAUAAACUCCGCCCGAGUGAAUCUGACCAAUCAAAUUGCCCACAAGUCUGUCUUUCACCAAUCAAGUGGAAGAUAUCCUCGUGUGUCCGUGGUUUCGCCGAACUUUUCCAGCUCCCCACGCAGCGCAGUCCCUGUCAAAGCGGUCCAGGCGGAGAAAGCUCUUUGUGUUUCAGGAUGAAUCUUCUGAGGUGCCUUCGACCAGAUGCUCCAAACAUCUCCCAGCUGGAUGUUCUGUACCUUUCUAACAACGAUACAUUCAACCUGUGGCAGAAGAAGGAUGGAAGUCCUCCCUGCUCCUCCAUCUCUCCUCCUCCUCUCUCCAGAUGUGUGGUCUGUCUCCAGGAGGCGGUGUACGCCGUCUGCAACAGCGUGACCUCUGCCCUGAACAUGGAGGGAGGCGGAGCCCCCAUCCCACUCACAGAGAGCGAAUGCCCCGUCUUCAUGGAGACAGGAGAGGUCUCUACAUCUGGAGGUUCACAGGACCAUCGCAUGCUGCUCCUCCUCCUCCUCAUCAUCCUCCUCAUCAUCGCUGCUGCCGUGGGUUACUGGAAGAGGAGAGCCAUCUCUGCAGCGUGGCAGCAAUGGAAAGAGGAGAGGAACCUUCAGCAGAUGCAGGCCGGAGAACCCAGCCGCCUCCGUGGAGAUCAAGCCGAGGAACCCUGAAGAUGAAGCUCCACACUCCUGCUGCACAGCGCUCCAUGUUUGAAGGGAAAUAUUUUUAUUCAAACCAAAUAAAAGAUGUUUUUUAAUCUCUA